AUGGAAUCUGCUGCCACUGUUAGUAGUAAUGGUUACUUGCAGGGAUCUAAUAAAAUUUCUUUGAACAUUCAUACAAGGGAAAAUUUUUCAAGUAGCAACGAGACCGAAGACGACGACGAUUAUCGCCAAGAAAGAAUUAACCAAGAAAAUUUUCAAUUUGUUACUUCACCCGUUAGUGAUGCUUCUUUUAAUGAUGAUGACGACAAAGAUGAUGUUAUGGAUGGCCAAAAUCAAUCUUUUAAUAAUGGUCGAAGUGCUCCUUUUACUCCGGCUAAUUCUCCUCCACUGUCAUCCGAGGAUAACAACAAAAGUGCAAGCACAUCAAUUAACAAUAAUAUUGAGAAUGAAGCAACAAAAAAUAAUAGUAAUUCAUAUUUUAAAACUCUUCAUCAUUCUCAUUCUCAUUACUCGUUACAACAUCAACCACUAAGUGCACGUCAUAGACUACAAAGUCAUAAUCAUCAUCACAAUAAUAAUCACGAGCCAAACCUGCUCUCUCAUCAUAAAAGACUGCGGAUGAGCGAAGAUCAUUCCUCAAAUGGUCCCUUAGUGCUACCGCCAAUAAGGAGUUUUGCAUCUUCAUGGACUCCUCUCGACCAAUUUGCUGCGAUUUCUGAAGCUGUACGUUCGGAUUCACAAAGAGCCUUAAAAUCACCGAGAUUGGCAAAACCAGAAGUAUCAGAAUUAUCAUCAUCCCCAGAAGAUAGUCAUCAUUAUCAACAACAACAACAUGUGACUUCAAAGAAUAGUGUUGGUGGUAGUUCACAAGAGCAUGAACGCGAACAUUUAUUAAGAAGAUCUUCUUUUGAUACGUCGCAGAUGAGGUAUUCUCCACUUACACCCUCUGUAUUGAAUCCUUACGCUGCACGAUUACCUCCUUCUUCAUUUUUGGAAAGACGUCAUUCUGAUUCUCCGGCAGCUCAAGCAAGAAAUUUAGAGGCAUCUCGUGUUACAUCUCCUGGAUCAUCUUAUUCAACGUAUGGUGGUGCUGGUGUUGGUAUUUACGCGGCAAAUGCUAAUCCUAAUAGCAAUAAUAAUAAUGGAUACGCUUCAUCACCGCACAUGUCAAUGCCUCAGCAUUUAUCCUCACCAUAUCAUGAUCCGUCAAAUGGAGCAUCGAUGGUCAAAGCGAAGCGCAAGCGUGCCAAUGCUAAUCAGCUUAAAGUUCUCAAUGAAGUCUUUCAACACACGUUUUUCCCAUCAACGGAAUUACGUAUUCAGCUAGGAAAACAGCUGGGCAUGUCACCGCGUACAGUACAAAUUUGGUUCCAGAAUAAACGGCAAAGUUGGCGUAGUAAGACAAGAGCAUCAACGACUAAUGGAGGAGCUCAAGGGGAUGACGAUCAAGGAAUGAAUCCUGAAGAGAUGGACACUAACGAUGAUAAUAACGGUAGUACUGGCAAUGAGCAUCGUAAUAACCUGGGACGAAGAUCAAGUAAUUCUAGUAUGAGUUCUUCGGAUGAAGAGGAACAAGAUCAGCGAUCGAUGCCUGAUUCGCCAUUGGAUAGUUCAUCAUCCUAUUAUCGAAAUAAUGGUGGUGGUGAUUACUUUUCACGGUCUCAACUUAAUAGCAGUAGUGAAAGCAUAAAUGGUACUUCUUCUACUUAUUCACAGCUACAACAGCAUAAUCAUCAUCAACAGAAUUAUCAUCCUUCUCCUUCGUCUUCUUCGAUUCAUCAAAAUGAAGAGUAUUUUCAUUCUUCUCAUCAUCAUGGUCAUGUUUCGGGUUCAAAUAUUUCGAAUUCUUCGUCUCCUCUUUCCCCAUCAUCGUUAUUAAAUCGUAAACCAAGUGGCGAACGACUACCAAAUAUUGUCUCUUCCACUAGAUUACCAGCACCUAUCUCCAAUAAUGCUAAUUCAUCAUCACCGCCGUCAUCAAGUCAUCGUCAUCAUAUUCAUCAACCACUUCCGCCAACUUCCUCAUUUGGAUACACGUCCAUGGUUAAUACUGGUGGUAUCUAA